GUUAUAAAUCUCAGAAACAUGGAAAAACUGGAACCCAGUAGUCUACAAGCGAGGACUUUCUCACGUUGAUCGAGAGCCGAGUUUUGAUCGCAGAGCGAACACCGAGUUCCUCCCGAAUCCAGCACCGACCCGUCGCCGAGCGAAAAUCUGUGCAAAAAGUUGUGUAGUGGUCAUAACUUGAGCUUCUGCCAUGCUAAACUGAUGUGCAGUUGUUCAGCCAAUCCUAUGGAUGGUGGCAUGCCCUCUUCCUGGAGUGGGACUCAGGAAGAUUAUGCUUCCCAGCAAAAAGACCAGCCAGGAGUCCAAAGCAUGUACUGUAAGGAGCUGGUGUUUGCAGGUGAAACAGAGUUCUCCUUUGAAGAGUUGCGGGCCCAGCGCUAUUAUAAACAAGUGAACGAAAAAGUCCAACACUUAAGCAAAGUCAAAGAGGAGCUGAAAUUUCAGAUUGAACAAAAGCAGAAACUUGUUCAAGGCAGAAACGGUGGCACCCAACAUCAGCAACUUGAAGUGCCAAAACAUUCACUACAAAAUGCUGAAGGCAGCUCUGCUCCUGUUUGCACCAAUACGGCACCAUUAAAAAACUAUAGUGAGCCAGAAAUGUCUGAGAACCCUUCCAUGAGAACCAGCCAAGUAAGCCAAGAUGAAGAUUUGGGACAAGGUAGAACUGUGUUUAAACAGUGGGGUUCACAGGCAUCCAAACUUUUCUCAAUACAUGAUGAAAAUUCUUUGCCUGAGAAGCCAAAUACAAGAUCAUCCUCAACAAACCAUAAAUCCUUAAAGCUGCCCACCUCUAUUUUAAAGGCCAGGAAACCUUCAUUGGAAUGUCCCAAUGAUAAAAAUGCCUCCCUGUCACGCUCGGAGGAGGCCAUCAUCAAUGGUCACUGGAACAAGACACUUUGUCGAAGCCCAGAUGACACGUGUGAUUUUGUCCAUGCAGCUAUGCUGGCCUCCACACCAUUCGGAGGACCAGUGAGACAAAAUGCUUCAGAGAGAGCCAUAAUGGAACAACAUGAAUCCCUCAACAAAACAGCCACUGGAAUUUUCAAAGAGCCAAAUUCUGAACCUAUAGCAGAGGCUAAGAAGCUAAGCCCAAUCCAGGAGAUCAGUCAUGAGUGGGGCUAUACUUCUAUUGCCUCCAUCUGCCUCCAGGAGUUGGAAUCAAAAGGAAGAGUCACAACCCACUCAGGAAGUACUGAAACCAGCCAGUCUGCACCAGAGAAAACUGAGUCUGUUCCUGCCCCCAGGGCCGAGAGAGUGAAUCCAUGCAGCCUGGAUGUUAGAAAAGCUCUGCUAGAUAACAUGGACCUGAGUUCUUUCCCUAACUUCAGCAGGAACAUCGGACCUCUACCUGAACCUGAUGAUCUUUAUAUUGAUGGCGAGACAUUGUUCUUUCCUAGAAAAAUGGGCGAUUGUGAAAGAUACUUGUACUGCUCCAGUGCUGGUAAUGUUCUAGUUAAGGUGGAUACAUCAACAGUACCAUGGGAUUUCUACAUUAGCUCCCAAAUGAGAUCAAGACUGUCUGCUGAUCAGCAGCAUUGUCAUGUUCAAAGCACUUGCUACGUUUAUGAGAAUGGAUCGCUCACACUCUGGAAGGUUCCUCAAGGGCAAACCAUUCAAGAGUUAAUAGAAGAGCACGUGGAUAGACGUGAUGUUCCACUUAUAGCCAUUAGAUUGAUGGAGAUGGUAAAACAGAUGCACUCGUGUCGACUUGUCCAUGGGGCUUUGCAACCUGAAACACUAAUGCUGUGCUACAGCUGUGAUGACAGUGUCAUGGGGGUAGAUUUCUCCAGCUCAUUGGACAUGGAACUGCAGCCUGGGAUAAAUACAGUACAGGAUCUUCCAUCUGCUCAGAAAUAUAUUGACCAGGGAUUAUUAUUAGCCUCUGCGUCCCCUUACCAGGUGGACCUCUGUGGCAUUGCAGAGGUAGUGCACUUGUUGUUGGUUGGAAGAAGCGUUAAGAUAAAUAAGGAGGGCUCUUUUUGGAGGUUAGCAGAGGACUCUGGACUUAACCUCAGUGAGCCUGUUGGUGCCUUGUGGGAGGACUUUUUCCACAAUCUUUUGAACCCAGAGGACAUCUCAACAGAAACUGUUUUGACUAACUUGAUCAACAACUUAAAGAACAUUCUGUAUGAUGGCUUGGAGUGUCCGAUUUCUUUGUAGUGUAUAGUCUUUUUCUGUGCUGCUUUUACCUGCUCUGUAUUUGUCUCCUAUAUAUAUCAUCGUAAUCGAAUAAAUACUACAGAUAAAUCAUUUCACAUUAUGUAGAUUUGGAUCCAAGCAUGUCUAAUCUAAGCCUUUUUGUGUGUCAUGUUUAUUUGUCUUUAUUAAAAC